AUGGCUAGACGACUCCAUUUGGAUACCUCCAAUUUGGGAGCAAACCAACGGUAUUCAUUUCUCGAGACACCCUUAGAAAUGCAAACCGCGGGCUUGCAAAUUCCUCCGCAGCCGCCGCAGCCGGCGACCGUACCGGAAGCACAGCACGAACAGGCUACGCCUGAGCAAGUUCAACAGCCACUGAACGAAAAGACACAUCCCCUUCCAGCAGGAUCAGACCUCUCUCAUCAUCCACAUGGUCCGAAUAUCGAUCAUCAUCCAGCGAUCUAUGCGCCUUUCGCCGAUGAGGCGCCCCAGCAAAACCAACAUCCCGACGCAGUGGUGCCUGACUACUCGUAUGUGGUUCCUCCAGGCUCUCCGGGGCCACUUCCAAUCAAGACGAAUCCGGCAGCCCCGGAUCAAUAUCCAGAACGCCUGCCCGUCGCUGUGGUACCGGAUGCAAAUCCUCUGCAAACCCCGCAAAUGCCUCGUUUCCCCCCGCCUGUUGCCUCCGGAGCCCCCCACACGUCAGCCGUGGAUGGUCUCACGGUGUACCAUCAACCAGGACAGGUAGCCCAUCCGAACCAAGUGGUCAAAGGCGGAACGUGGAGCCACAGCAUGUGCGACUGUUCCAAUAUCUGGACUUGCUGCCUUGGCUUGAUCUGUCCUUGUAUCCUAUACGGGAAAACACAGCAUCGGCUUUCCUUGUUGUCGAGAAAAGAGGACCCCACGAACAUGCUUGGCUAUGAGACAUGUAAUGGGUCCUGUACUGCGAUGGCCUUGCUGUGUGGAUGUCAAUGGCUACUGGCGACUGUCCAACACACUCGUACACGUAAAGCGUACGGCAUCCGAGGUGACAUUGCAUCGGACUGUGUCCGAGCGACUUGCUGCACAUGCUGUACCCUCAUCCAGGACGAAACGGAAAUCAGGAAACGUGAGGAGGAGCGGGGAAAGGCAGCCAUAGCCACGGGGACAACUUUGGCUUCGCCCUAUUUACCACCAGUCCAGAUGUCCUAUGGGCCUCCGCCAAGGUGA